CGAUGGUUUGACACCCUAGCGUCGGACUUUUAGUUUUUUUCUAAAUUAAAAUGGCAAUUUCUAAACCUAUUUAAUAUCAUUUGAAGUGCAAUAUCAUAUUAUAAACCAUCAGCCAACGAGCUGCAAUCGGAAGAUCGACAAAAAUCAAAAGCAUUUUCGUAAACAAACUCCAGUGGAAAUCAUACAAAAAAAAAUUCCAACAAUGCGCAGCACAAUACCAAUACACACACACGGUGGUGGUGGUGCUGCUGCUGCCUGAAAUUUCUUUAUGCCAAAGACACGCAAAGGGCAAAAGAGAAAGAGCGGAGGAAGGUAAAAAAGAGAAAUCUAAACGUUGGGUCUAGAGUCCACAUCCACAUAUCACAUAUCCGGCGGGAGGUGGUGGCAUGCCGUAGCAUCGUCUGCGGCCCGCACUAACAGCAGCAGCAACGCGCCUCAUGGAUCCAUAUCAUCAUAUCAGACAUCAUUAUCCACCCACAAGCACCACAGCCACAUCGGGAGGGGGGGUUGUGGGUAGCACGGCAGCCAUCAAUCGUCCGGAGUUGCAUCAAAAAUGCAACCGAGGAUCGCAUUCGAGUGACACUAGUUCGGCGUACAGCGGCAGCGAUACGAUGGCCUCAAACUAUGCCUCAUCGCUGGAGGCCGAGGAGAUUGAUCUCUCCGGCCUGGUGGAGUCCGUUGUGGACUCGGACGAGGAGGAUCUCGCAGAGAGUAUGGAUAGUCUAAAUGUGCGGGAUGCUGUGCGCGAUUGUUUGGAAAAGGAUCCCUCGGAGCGCAGCGAAGAUGAUGUGGAGAUUCUGUUGGAGUUUACCCAAGGCUUGAAGGCCUUCACCAACAUCACCCUGGCCGUGCGGCGUGCCCUCUGCUCCGUGAUGGUCUUUGCUGUGGUGGAUAAGGCCGGCACUGUGGUCAUGUCGGAUGGCGAGGAGCUCGAUUCGUGGUCGGUGCUGAUCAAUGGAGCUGUGGAGAUCGAGCAUGCCAAUGGCAACCGGGAGGAGCUGCAGAUGGGCGACUCUUUUGGCAUCCUACCCACGAUGGAUAAGCUCUAUCAUCGCGGAGUGAUGCGCACCAAGUGCGACGAUUGCCAGUUUGUGUGCAUCACGCAAACGGACUACUAUCGCAUCCAGCAUCAGGGCGAGGAGAACACACGCCGCCACGAGGAUGAUCAGGGACGUGUGGUGAUGGUCACGGAGCUGCGUUCCAUUGGUGGCAGCGGUGCAGAGGCAACCAGCGGAUCUGUAUCAAGUGCGGCUGCCUCUCUGAACAUGAAACGCGGCCAUGUGGUCAUUCGGGGCACACCCGAGCGCCUGCUGCAACAGCUUGUCGAAGAGAACUCCAUGACGGAUCCCACCUAUGUGGAGGAUUUCCUGCUCACGCAUCGCAUUUUCAUCCACAAUCAGCAGGAAGUGACCGCCAAGCUGCUGCACUGGUUCGACCUCGAGCAAAUGGACUCGCACAAGACGCAGGAGCUGCGGGAUCGUGUCACGCGCGUCGUACUCCUUUGGGUGAACAAUCACUUUACGGACUUUGAGGCUGACCACGAGAUGAUGGAGUUCCUGGAGAUCUUUGAGGCGCUGCUGGAGCGCAAGAAGCUACUCAGUCAGCUGCGGCUGCUGCACAUUGCCUGUGCCGCAAAGGCCCGCAUGCGGAGCUGCACCUUGACGCGCUCCUCCCGCGACGAGGCCCUCAAUUUCCAGAUCAUUGGCGGCUACGAGCUGCGAGGCGUGGCAGCGGCCACUGGCAAUGCCGCCGUUGGCAUCUACAUCUCGCACGUGGAGCCGGGCUCCAAGGCCCAGGAUGUGGGCCUCAAGCGUGGCGAUCAGAUCCACGAAGUGAAUGGCCAAUCCCUCGAUCAUGUGACCAGCAAGCGAGCGCAUGAGAUACUCACCGGCACCACCCACUUGAGCAUCAAUGUGAAGAGCAAUCUGCUGGGCUUCAAGGAGAUCAUGCAGGCCCUCGAACAUGGCGGCGGCAGUGCCUCGGGCGCUGGCGGUGUCUCCUCGGGCAGCGGCAGCUUCAAAGUUCUGCGCAGUCCGCGACGCAUCUGCGCCAAUGACAUUGCCAAGCUGCACGGCCGGUCCGACAGCACCACGGAAGAGCUAAGGAAUGCCAGCAAUCGCACUCACAUGGUGCGCCUCAGCUCCGUGGAUAUGCUGCUCGAUCAGCCCGAUUGUGCACCGCCACAGACGCCGCCAGUGAGUGGUGGCGGCGGCGGCAGCAUGGCCUCCAAUUUCAUGGCCCAGCUGCUGCAGAGCGUCAACAAUAGUUCGGCCAAGAAGGGCUCCAAUGCCGAUCAGCAGGACACAAAGGGAGGCUUCAUGACUCUGGCGCCCAAGCGGCGCCUGCAAAAGGCUCUGGCCAAGAUGAAUUUACUGAACAAGCAGCAGCAUCAUGUGGGCAGCCUGAACGACUCCUCGGACACGCUGCUGAACGAGCCAGUCGCACAGACGGGACCCAAGGGCAAGAUAUCGUCCGCCAGUUCGGGCAGCAGCUCCACGCAAUCCUCGAUCAAUGGCUGUGUGGCCGGCAGCAGCAUCGGCGGCGGCGGCGGCAGAUUGUAUCAAUCGCAAUCGAAUCCGGAUCUGACGAGCCUCAAUUACGAUGGCGGCAGCGAUGGUGCGGCCAUGCUGCAGGUUAACUAUCUGGGUGCACAUCUGCACCAUCGCCCCUCGGCAGCCUCAACGCUUACGACGACCUCAACGCAGUCGCAUAUGCUGCCCGACUAUCCGGAGCAUGUGCUGAAGGUGUACAAGUCGGAUCAGACAUGCAAGUACGUGCUCAUCUACAAGGAGACCACCGCCCAUGAGGUGGUGAUGCUGACACUCCAGGAAUUUGGCAUACACGAUCCCAGUUCGAAUUUCUCGCUGUGCGAGGUGAGCGUGGGCGAGGGUGGCAUGGUUAAGCAGCGACGCCUGCCCGAUCAGCUGCAGAAUCUCGCCGAACGGAUUAGCUUUGCGGCCCGCUACUAUCUCAAGCUGAACGACAGCACGGAGCCCCUGGUGCCCGAUGAAUUGGCCCUGGAAUUGGUGCGCGAAUCGGGCGUGAAUUUCCUUCAAUUGAAUGCCUACGAAUUGGCCAUUCAACUGACGCUGCAGGACUUUGCCAACUUCCGUCAGAUCGAGUCCACCGAAUACGUGGAUGAGCUGUUCGAGCUGCAGUCCAAGUAUGGCGUGCCAAUGCUCAGCAAAUUCUCCGAGCUGGUGAAUCGCGAAAUGUUUUGGGUUGUCAGCGAGAUCUGCGCGGAGCACAACAUUGUGCGACGCAUGAAGAUCGUCAAGCAGUUCAUCAAGAUUGCCAGGCACUGCAAGGAGUGCCGAAACUUCAACUCCAUGUUCGCCAUCAUCUCGGGACUGGGACAUGGCGCUGUCUCGCGGCUGCGACUCACGUGGGAGAAGCUGCCCUCAAAGUAUCAGCGGCUGUUCAACGAUCUGCAGGACCUUAUGGAUCCAUCGCGAAAUAUGAGCAAAUAUCGACAGCUUGUGUCUGCGGAGCUACUGGCCCAGCAUCCCAUCAUACCGUUCUAUCCGAUUGUGAAGAAGGAUCUGACAUUUAUACACCUGGGCAACGAUACGCGCGUCGAUGGUUUGAUCAACUUUGAGAAGCUGCGCAUGCUGUCGAAGGAGGUGCGCCUGCUGACGCACAUGUGCAGCUCCCCCUACGAUCUGCUGGCCAUUCUGGAGCUCAAGGGGCAGUCGCCCUCGAAUGCGCUCUUCUCGCUCAAUCAGAUGUCCGCCUCGCAGAGCAAUGCGGCCGCUGGCACGGUGAUAGCCGCCAAUGCGGGACAGGCGACAAUCAAGCGACGAAAGAAAUCUACGGCCGCACCGAAUCCCAAGAAGAUGUUCGAGGAGGCACAAAUGGUGCGACGCGUGAAGGCGUAUCUCAACAGCCUCAAGAUACUCAGCGACGAGGAUCUGCUGCACAAGUUUUCGCUGGAAUGCGAGCCCUCGCAUGGUUCCACCUACUCGGGCAGCAUUUCUCAUGGCAACACUUCGCAUCGCAGCGGUGGCGGAGGCAGCUCCAGUGGCGGCGCUGGUGGCGUAAGCAUCGCUGGGAGUAUGGGCGCCGGCAGCUCUAGUCUGAAUGCCGGCGACCAGCUCAGCAUUUACUCGCACACCAGCUCCAGUUCGGCGCCCAACUCAUCGCUGUCCCUGCGCAAGCGGCAUCCCAGUUCGCCCACCCUCUCCACCACCAGCUCGACGAGCUCCACCAGCGACAACCAGCGGCGCCAACAGCUGCACAACAACGGGCCCAAGUUCGGCACAGCCUCACCGCAGGCCGUCAAGAAGAUGCUCUCGCUCUCGGAAUCAUCCAAGAUACGGCCACACCAGCCUUUCAUACCGCGCCACAACUCAGCGCUGCCUGGCGUCAUCCCACCCCUACACCAUUUGCAUGCGGCGCAUGGCUUUGCGACGCCUGUGGCCGGGAGUACGGGCGUAGUAACGGGCGGCGGCACAUCGCCAGCCACAGCUGCUGGCGUGGUGGCCGCCUCUCAAUGCACACCCAGUCCUAGUCCCUGUUCGCAUCGACGUCUGGCUUCGGCAGGUAACAUAAUGCCCGUUCGGGCCAUACAUGAGCGUUCGCACUCGGACACACCGGCACCGCCGCCGCCGCUGCCAUCGGUGGAUCUAUCGCUGGAGAGCAGUAGUGUGACUACCUUUCGUGAUUUACCCUUGCGCAAAUCCGUGACUUCCGGUUCCAUAUCGUCAUGUGACAGCGGCUAUGUGCAUCAGCAGCAACAGCAGCAGCAGCAGGUGCACCACCACCAACAACAGCACCACUUACAAUACCAACAACAACAACAACAACACAACACACACGAGCCAUCGCCUCCGGUUUACACGGCAGCCGAUUGCCGUCUCUUACAGCAGAUAUCGAAUAAUGCGGUCACCCGCAAUCUGAACAGUCCCUGCCAGAGCACAAACCACACACCACCCAGCACGCCCACACCACCACCACCACAACCAACACAACAAACAACGUCUCAGGCAGCAAUUGCAGGCGCCACACCCACCAUACAGCUUUCUGCACCACCAACCGCUGCGGCCUACAUGCACAUGCGGAGUCAACAACAGCAGCAGCAGCAGCAACAGCUCCAACAGCAACAAUCUCUGGCCAUGCCACCGCCGCCACCACCGCCGUACAAUGUGCCACCGCUGGCCAGUCUAUACAAUCAUCAUCAUAGCAAUGCGGCGGCCAGUAGGCACCUCAACCACAUGCAUGGUGGCCCGCCAAAUUUUAUGGAUAGCACCAAGUGUACCAUAUGCCCCAUGCCACCCAUGAAUCAAUAAUGAAAUCAAAUCAAAUUGUGCUGUUUUAACUACUAAAAUGUUAAUUUAAUUAGUUCAUAUAGUAGAGUUGCCAAAAUUUGUUAAUGGUUGUGUGGUUUCCAUUUCGCCAGCAAAAAAAACCCAAGUAUGAAAGACAAGCAGAGAUGCCCCUCCCCCCGCCUCCACCAACAUUAAUACCCUUCAUCGCAGAAGGAGCAGAAGGAGAAGCAGCCCAAAAGUGAGAGAGAGAGACGAGUAACUGGAACCCAAUUGUGUCGCGUAUAUAAUUUAGAAUGUAGCUUAAGUGUCUUACAGUUUAAUUUUUAGUUGCUCUUAGUGGCUUACGAUUUAUAAUUUAAUUUAGCUAAAUUCUUUGUACACAAAGUCCCAGCCCCCCACCCCCACAUCCCCAAAAACAGACAGAAAAAACAAAACAAAAAACAUUCACCGCCUACGAGCGCUUAGUAGUUGCCUUUUCUUGUAGAAGAAAACGACGUCUGCAGGCAGACCCCCACCCACAGCAAGCAGAAAUCCAAAACUAAACUCUUUUUGAAGACUUACUACACGUCGGCAUUUACAGACAGAACAGAACAGAAUUAUUCCCAGACGAUGCACACUGAAAAUAAGGACGGACUAGAGAGCAUUUACUCCAAACCCCACACACACACACACAGCACAGGCUCUCUUGUGAAUUCCAUUAAUGUAUACUUCUUUUUUAUGCUUAUGUACAAGUUAGUUAUACUAUAUACAUAUACUACUUAUAUAUACGAUAUACUAUAUACACACGCUGAAAACAAAAACAAAACAAAAAAAAACAUUCGCUCCAAUUCCAAAUAUUUAGUUUGUAAGCCCAAAAGUGAGAGACAAAGAGAGAGAGAAAACCGAUUUCGAAUAUUUUUUCCAAUCAUUCGUUGUAUUUAUGUGUAUUUGUUUUAGCGAAGGUUAGGAUACAAAAUGAAAUUUAAUGAAAGACAAAAUGCAAUACCGACCUAGACUCUAGCCCAACACACACGAGAAAUGAUAACAUCAAAGUACAAUUACACUCAACAAAAAAAUACCAACCAGCUAUAAAAGUUUAUAUAAAAGACAACAAAACAAAAACAAAAACCCCUGAGACUUGAAAGCAACAUAACCGAAUGUAACCGAAUCAUUUUUUGACUCCAAUAUAAAUCUACAAUAUAUAUGUAUAUACUAUA